UAUGUUUCACGGUGCAUACGUCUUUACUCUGAGUGAAAAACCGUUUAGUGAUACUAUUUUUACAAACGGAAUUAAUUUAAAAUAGAGUCACCCCACAGACAAAUGGCGGCGACGAAAUAUUCCCACCCGUUCCUAGACGGUUUAAAACCAUUUCCGGAAGGACAUGAUGACGUAAUACAGGAAGUAAGAGAAUGGAUGAAAUCCCAGCCGCACUUGCCGUACAUAUCAGAUGAAUUCAUUGUACUUUUUUUGCACUCGAACUACUACAAGGUGAAGGAAUCCGAAAGCACCAUAGAAGCAUAUUUUACUCUUAGAUACAAUACGCCUGAACUUUUUACUCAGCGUGAUCCUUUGCUGCCAAAAAAUAAAGUCAUUCUGGAAGUGACGCAAAUGGUGGCGUUACCCAAAGUAACAGCGGAAGGACACCAUAUCCUGUUAUACCGUCUGGCAGACACAGAUUAUAGUAAAUUGUGCUUCGCUGACGCAGUGAGAGUCUUCUGCAUGUUUAAUGAUAUCAAACUGUCUGUGGACAGCCUCUCUGAAGGAUAUAUUGUGAUUUUCGAUAUGAAAGGAUGUAGUAUUGGACAUUUGACCAGAGUAACUCUACCUGCACUCAGAGCUUUUAUGCAAUAUAUUCAAGUAGCCCACCCAGCGCGCCUUAAAAAGAUUCACGUUGUACACACAGUCUCCUUCAUCAAUCAAGUCAUGUGCUUAGUCAAGCCCCUCAUUCAUUCCAAUCUCUAUAAUCUUCUCAAUUUCUCAUCCGACGGACCAGCCUCCGUAGUAGACUUAGAAUACUUGCCCGAAGAUUAUGGCGGCCCACUUCGAUCAGUGAAGGACCUACAUGAGGAACAGAAACAUAGUAUGGAGACUGAAUAUAGGGAAUGGCUUAUAGAGUCGGAAAUAUUUAAAACGGACGAGACAAAGAGAAUAAAGAAGCCAAGCAAAGGGUUGUUUGCUACUCUCACUAGUACAUUCAGGGGUAUUGACAUUGAUUGAUUAUACUUUAAAAAAAAGACACAUAGCUUCGUAAUUAUAGUUGUUUGAUUUCUUAAUUUCUAUUUGACAUUUUAUCUUGACAGUUCUAGUCUAAGAGUUUUUCUCUGCGGCCUUAUAAAAGGCUAAAGAUUGUACGAUAUUUGCAUUACCAUUCUUUUUAUAUAGAAUCAACUUAGUUACAAACGUGGUGCUGACUUUAAUUUAGGUAUUAUAAUACGGCGGAGUACGUUUACAUAGGCUUGAAAUAGAUUCAAUAAAG